AUAUGUAUCGCCUGGAGCUGGCAGGUGGUCUCGGGGUCAUCCUGCUGCUGCUGGGAGUCCUAACUGCUCUUUAUAAGUGUUACAAUCUGGAGAUCAUGCUCUGCUACAGGAGACACUUCGGCAGUGAUGAAACUGAAGAUGACAACAAAGAGUACGAUGCCUAUCUGUCCUACACCAAAGUGGACCUGGACUCACUGGGCAGGCCCAGCAGCGAUGAGGAAACCUUUGCUCUGGAGAUUCUGCCGGACGUUCUGGAGAAACAUUAUGGAUACAAACUAUUUAUACCAGACAGAGAUUUAAUACCCAGCAGUACCUACAUCGAAGACCUGGCCCGCAGUGUGGAGCAGAGCCGACGUCUGAUCAUCAUCCUGACUCCAGAGUUUGUGGCCAAAAGAGGGUGGAGCAUCUUCCAGAUAGAGACACGCCUCCAUUCCAUGCUGGUAACCGGGGAGAUCAAGGUGAUCAUGAUCGAGUGUGCAAACCUGAAGAAUGUCAUGAACUACCAAGAAGUUGAAGCACUCAAACAUACCAUCAAGGUGUUAUCUGUCAUCAGUUGGAAAGGUCCUAAAAGCAAUGAGCUGUCCUCUAAGUUUUGGAAACAGGUGGUCUACGAGAUGCCUGCUAAACGCAGAGAGACGUUGUCCAGACGCCAGGUCAUGGACUCUGGUGAGCAGGGCCUCUUUGGUGACCUACAGACCACCGUAUCCACUAUUGCCAUGACAACCACCUCAGCCUCAUUAGCGCCCCCUAAUGAAAACCGUCACGGACAUCAUCAAGUUGCCUUGGCAGCAGAGAUUCCAGACUACAACCAGAUGACCUUGCCACUGGGAGGGGGUCACACUGCUACAGCAGCCCAAAUGCGGCAUUUUUGCCGCAGCUAUGAGUUCCAGCUGCCCCCGCAGCCUUCUUCCAUGUCGCCUCCCCUUCCAGCUGCCUCCACGGUGCAGUUCUCCACUCUGGGCCCCGGGGGGCGCCACGUCUACUGCAACAUUCCUAUGACUCUUCUGAACGGUCAGGUGCCUCAGAGCAGUACGCUUGGGAAGAAACCAGACCUGCACCUGAACAGCACCUUUGUACCCCUCACCAGCAGAGAACUAAGCUCUGACAUCUGGUAGACCCACUCCUCUACUGGUCUUUGUUUACACACGGCUCCGGUAGACUGGCUCCUCAGCAGGUUUUUGUUGGGGUCUUGGACUUUGUACAAACUUGAGAGUUGGACGAGUUUUCAGAGAAGACGACCUGUGGACUUGUUCUGGGCCACUUCAUGCCAUGCUGUGAACUAAAAAAAAAACCUUUUACACAGUGAAUAAAGUCUGGCUUUAUACUCRUCAUCUGUCUGGACCCAGACAAAUGGAAAGAAGGACGGGACUCUGCUUUGGGACUAAUGACUGGUUACCAGCUGGGAUAACCAGCACUGAGGGACAAUACUACUGACAACAUGUGUCCACAGUCAUAAAACUUCAGAAAUGUCACAAUGAGUUUGUAGACAGAUGGAAGACAGGACAAGAGAAGGUCCUGGAAACCUUAACGAGUGUCUGCAGACACAAGACCWGUCUGGUUCUCCAGAAAGCAGCCAAGCUGCAUCUCAGAGCACAAAGUAUCUCAACCAUAGUUUGUUCUCCAACAAGCUGUUGUGGAUUUGGGUCUAUGUAGUCGUGCCAGGAUACUGACACAAACAGUUUUACAUCAUCUCAAUAUUCUUUUACUGAAUGUAGGCCAGGAAAUCCAUCUUAUCUGGUGACCAGUAGGUGGCUGGAAAAGCAGAUGAGCUAAUCAUCAAGCAAUGAUUUUUGGAAUACUUCUGAAUAAGUAGUCAACCUUUWGAAAUACUGCUCUGAAGUUAUCUACCUGGUUUUACUUGUAGAGGCUUAUCUGGUUGACUUUUUCAGAAAGAAAGCAUKGACUCAAUGUCUACUGGGAGAGCACAGUUAGCUGGAAAAUCUUUAAAUAACCCGUCGAGCCCCUGUGGAUGACCGACGGACCGGCUAGUACCUGAACCAAGUUGAGACCGGUGACUAUCUAGAUCUCGUACUGUACACAGUCAACUUCCAGGGCCGGCCAGCAGAAKAACCUUUGCUGCCAAGUUAAAAGUAUAACAGACUUGGCUUUUUCUAUUUGCAUGACCACCCAUUUAGAUAAAAAAUGCUAAUCUAAUAAAUAUAAAUGAACGAGAAAAUGGCACAAUCAUUUGUUGCAGCCUCUUUUAGUAUGGAGCCUAAUAAUACAUGUUGUGUUGSUAUUUGUUUUCUUCCUGGCCAUGAUGUCAUGAUAAAAACUCAAAAGGAACAAAGGAGGGGAGCAACCCUCCAGAAAGAUCUUUAUUAUUUAAUWUCUUGUUUUAUUUAAGAAAUGAAUCCUUAUGUAAGGUUUCACUGAAACUUUGUUUCUACUGUCUGUUAGUUUCAAUAACAUCUGUACAGCUUCCAUUACUUUGGUAUAGACCUAAACAUGAUGGUGAUUUAUUCUCUAGAGUUUCUGUUAGCAUAUGUCUACGUAUUCCAGAGAUGUUCCUCUUCUGUUAUGUUUUUUAUUAUGAAUGGAUGAAUGGGCUUACAACUCUACUAAUAGAUCAUUUUAAUCAUUUUAGAAACCAGAGCACCACCAAUCAGCUAAAACUGUGGCCURGCUACAGAAACAGCCCUACUCCAAGCUAAAUCAGAUGUUGUUCUUUUUUGAGCUUUACAAAACAUAGAUUACCAUAAUAUUUAAGCAAAGUGGAUAAUGUUUUGAAUUUACACAAAAAUACUGUCAAUGUCUUCUUAGAAGCAAUGAGUUCUGGAUAUUUGAGAUUGUUUCAUACAAUAAUUAACUAUAUGAGUUGUUAUAUUCAAUGGCAAUAUAAAGUACAGUAGUUGUUUUUCUUUUUAUCCAUUUCUGAUAAUUUCUUUGACUAUUCUUUGGAUAUAUUGGUUGAAAUAAUUUAACUGAGAGCAAAUAAACAUUGCAUUAGUUGUUUUAUAC